ACGCACAACGUGCUGUGCCGUUAGGCCGGUUUUCCUGGGCCCGGCGGAGCUGACCUCGAGGUUCGAGAUGUCUGAGCUGCCUGCAGACGGCAGUGUCCCGCAGUGUCCCGCAGGCGCGGCGAAUGGCGACAGCGACGUCCCGCAGGCGGAGGUAGGCGGCGAAAGGCGGGAGCCGGCGGAGCCCAGGGAAGGCCCGGCGGACGAGGCCGGAGAAGGCCCGACGGCUGGGCCGUACGGUGAGGAGAACCCCGAGAGCCGGCCCCGGCGUGAGAACCGCGGGGAACCAGCCGCCUGGCCACGCCCCCAGCGCGAGCCCGAAGGCUUCGGGCCUGAUUUGGGGCAGGCGCAGCCUCUGUUUGGAGAAGAUGUGCCCCGCGCCUACUGCAACCGGUUAAGAGGGUUUGACGAAGCCAACUGGGUGUUUAUGGAUGUGCGUAGAGCGCGGGAAGUAGCUCACCAUGCCAGCUGGCAAACGCGUUAUCCCAACGUCUAUGUGGAUUAUCUUAGAUUUAUCGAGGAUCUGUUUGCAUCUGUGGCUAUCAGUCGUCUGGCUGCAGCACUCGGCUGCGAUAGUCUGAAAGACGAGGAAUAGCUACGAGAUGACCUUUUACACCAAAAGAGGAGUCAGCUGUUUGCAGAGAACCCUGCCAUUCUCUUUUGGGUUUGUUUAAGACAGAGUCGUUUGCCAAUCCUACAACUACGACAUUUUCACUUUCGAAAAAAAUUUCUAAUUGUAAUUAAGGGAGAAGAGAGCGAUUCUUGCACAGCUGGAAAAAAGGAAGCGUAAGCUCAGGAAACAAGGGAAAAGAAAUAGGAUGACUCCACUCUGUUGAAGCCUGUUUCAGAAACAUCCUGAUCGUUACACAUUUUUUCCCCCUUGCAUUGUGGAAAAUAUCUUUUUUUUUUUUUUUAAUGUUUGCCCCACUGCAAAGGUUGGUUUUCCAAGAAUAAAGCUUGACUGAUCAACUUGCCAAUAACAAAGCCCCCGGAUAUUAGUAAAGAUGAUGAAAGAAAUAACGACAAAACCCAAGUUUCUAAACUUAUAUCUGGAAAAUUAGGACUGGAAGACUGAGAAACUUUUGAAAUUAGAAUGUGUGAUCCCUUUGUGUCAUAGUCAGCAAAGGCUAAUUAGUAGAUUAAUUUUGUGUUUCCAGGUUAUUUUAAAUGACAGAUAAAAUCAAAAAUAGAAAAUA